AUGUUAUAUAAUUGUCCAGGACUCUGCAAAAAUGAUAAGCAUCAUGAUGUCCGUCUGUGUAUUGAUGUCCUCAAGUAUUCUACUGAUUCUGUAAAGGGACGGAAGGUUGGACAGGCCUUGUUUGCAAUCUAUCCCCGCCCCAACCAGCCAAGGAUAAAUCUGCGGGCUGCUCAGUAUGAACCACUUUACAACUACCAUGGAGUAUUGGCCUUGCUCCGUGUGGGUGGUGAUAAACUGGCAAUGCAUUGUGGACGUCUGGCUUACAAUGUCUGCUUCCGUGAAUACCAACCACCAAAACAUGAAGAUACCCCUAGAGAAUCCUCUUCUAGACCUGCAACCUUUAGAACGAACGUAUCUCAGGCUGACACACUUAUGCCAAUCUCUGACCAGCCUACCUCAAAUGAUCAAGCAUCCCAAAGACUUACUGACCUUCAAAUCAUUACUUCAGAGUCUGGAACCCUAAGGUCAAGUUCUAACCAGCCUAACACCUCCAAACCAUCUACUCCCCCUAUAACCAGCUAUGCAGGAGACCAGAAACAUAUCUAUGAUACACAUGAUCUGAAGAGUUCACAAAUGAUGGAAGAGCAAGUACGCACACCAUCUCCUGAGAGUGAUGCACUGCAAGAACAGGAUGAACAUUCCACUGGAUUGGAUAUCCCUCCAUCCCCCUCCCCAUUGCCCCAACGUUCAAGAAAAAUGGAGGAUAAUGCCCCACUGAUUCUCCCUUCACCACCAGUAACUCCUUCAUUAACCCAGAGGACUAGGGUCCUGGAGCAGCCUCCCGAACAGAGUACGCCCCAGUAUGGUGCAGAUUUAGGGUUUAAACUGUUGUCACCCUCCGGGACAGAGACAGUCAGUGUUAACCUCCACGCAGCUGCUCACCUACCUUCGACCGCAGCUGGCUCUGUGCCCUCUCCAUUUAUCACACUGAAGAGUGGCACAGACGAGAAGAACAAUGUCAGGGCACAGAGCAUAUCACAUGCAACCCAGAGCCCAACACACAACCCAGCCUGGGGAGAGACUCUGACAAUAACCAUAAGAGAGGAAGAUGCAGAGCAUGAAGAUCUGCUCUUGACUGUGGCUGAUUCUCCCUCCCAGGAUGCCCUUCUGACAUACCGCCUGCCCAUUAAGGAUCUGGUGCCCUUCCACACAUAUCAUCUCUCUAUGGUGCAGCCACACCGCCUGGUAUCAAGUGGCAGCCACCUCUACACAAGCAUUGUGCGCAGGAAGAGUCACUUUACACAGCAGCGCGGAUUCACAUAUAGUGCUUUGCAGGUUUUACUUGGAGGGGUGGAGGUGCCACUGCAGAAGCCCACACGGCCUCUUAUAGCAGUGGCACGCAUUGUCCCUGACUACACAAACAACAGGUAUCACAGUAUGUGUAGUGGUCACAAUAUGUGCAUUGUAUGUAUUACUGUUGGACAUGUGUAA